AUGACCAGUCGAUUGGCUCGUGGUUUCUUUCAUCGAGAUUUAUCUGUAUUAGAAACUGAAAAACUUUUACAACAAAAAAAUACUCCUGGUAGUUUUCUUGUACGUCCAUCACGUACAAAAGCUGAUGCAUAUGUACUUUCUGUUCGACGAGCAAAUGGUGAAAUAACACAUAUACGUAUUCAAAGAACCAAUGAAGGAUUUGAUUUAGGUGAAAAACAAGAAUGUUUUUCAACAUUAUAUGAUAUGAUUGAUCAUUAUCGUCGAAAUGUUGGAGAACUUAGAGAAAAAAAUAAUGAAAUUAUUGAAUUAACUACUCCUAUAUUAGCACAAAUGCCAACUCUAGAAAAAUAUUAUCAUGGAGCAAUAUCACAUCCUCAAGUUAUGUCUAUUUUAAAUAAAUAUGAACAAAAUGGUACAUUUCUUGUUCGAGAUUCAGAAACUACACCUGGUGAUUAUGUUAUAUGUGUGAAAACUUCUGAUAAUAUAGCAAAUAUAAAAAUUAGAUAUUCAAAUGGUCAAUGGUUUCUUGAUGGUAAAGGUCGACAAGAACAAAUUGAUCGUUUUAAAUCAUUAGAUGAUCUAAUUCAUUUUUAUUUAAAACAUAAUAUUCUCGUUACAAUGAAUGGUGUUGCUUUUCGUCUUGUAAAACCAUGUACAUCUAAUUGGUUUUAUGCUCGAGAUGUUCAUCAACGUUGUGAAUAUUUAUCAAAAUUAAUACCAUCACAACAUGGACAAAAAACUGGUUUUAGUUUAGAAUUUGAAUUAUUAAAUCAACAAACUGAAUCUCAAUCAUUAAUAUAUCAUAAAAAACAUGGAGAAAAACAAGAAAAUAGCAUUCGAAAUCGAUUUAAAAAUAUUUUACCAUAUGAUGAAACACGAAUUAUUUUAAAAAAUUAUUCAAUUACAGAUUAUAUGAAUGCAAAUCGUGUUCGAACAUAUUAUGAAGGUAUUGGCAGAGAAUAUAUUGCUACACAAGGACCAUUACCUGCAACAAUUAAUGAUUUUUGGCAUAUGGUACAACAAGAAUUAGUUAAAUCUAUUGUUAUGAUAACGCGAGAAAUAGAAGGCAUGAAGAACAAAUGUGCACGUUAUUGGCCUGAUUUACAUACAACAAAACAAUAUGGUACAAUAAAAAUUGAAAAUAUAAAUGAAACAAAUUAUGGUCCACCACAAAUAUGGCAUAAUACAUCACGUGCAUAUCGUGCACUUCCACCAUCAUCACAACAACUAUUAAAAGAUGAUGAUUGUUGUUAUCGUUUACGUACAUUAAGAAUAACAACUGAAGAUAAAAGAACAUGGGAUAUUUUUCAUUGGCAAUAUUUAGCAUGGGGUGAUCAUGAUUCUCCACUUGGAUCAAAUCAACGUGAUAAUGCUCAACUUGAUAUACUACUUGAAUUUUUUGAAAGAAUUGCUCAAAUAAAUCUAAUCGGUAUUAAUAUGAAUAAGUCACCAAUGAUUGUUCAUUGUAGUGCUGGAAUUGGUCGAUCAGGUGCAACAAUUGCAAUUGAUACAAUAUUAAAUAAAAUUCGUACUAAUGGACUUGAUACUGAAAUAGAUAUUCCAAAUUUAGUUAAACAUAUUCGUUCUCAAAGAUCAGGUCUUGUUCAAACUGAACGACAAUAUGAAUUAAUCUAUCGUAUGAUUGAAUAUUUUGUCGAAAAAUUUCAACAUCCAACGCAUAAUUUAACCAAAUAG